GCGCAUGCUUAGCAUGCGAAAGAGUCUGGUUUCGUUUUGGUCAUAUUUUUAGUGAUGAGGACCAAUCAAAACACAGAAAUUUGGUCGGGAGGUAUUAUCUUCGUUCCAUACAAGGAACAUCACGUCUUGAAGUACCACGAAUGGAUGAAAACUCCGUUCUUACAAGAGAUGACAGCAUCUGAGCCACUUUCUCUUGAAGAGGAGUACCAGAUGCAGAAGUCUUGGCUAGAGGACGAUGACAAAUGUACUUUCAUCAUACUCGAAAAAGAAGCAUUCACCACUACGUCUAGUGAAACAGAAUCCAUGAUCGGGGACGUGAAUCUGUUCUUCAACAACCAAGAUGAUCCACACGAAGCUGAAAUAGAAGUCAUGAUCGCAGAGCCUGCGUACCGCAAGAAGGGGCUUGGAAAACAAGCAAUUUGCACAAUGAUGCGGUACGGUGCACAAACACUCCAUAUAAAGACCUUCACCGCAAAAAUAAAACUCCAAAACAAAGACAGCAUUGCUUUGUUUGAAAAGCUCGGAUUUAUUCUGGAUUCCACGAGCGAAAUUUUCCAGGAAGCGACGUACAUUCUAAAGGUUGAUGAACACUUUGAAGACAGACUGAAAGCGCAAACCAACAGUUACGUCAUAAAACAAAGAACGUCCUGACCUUCUUUGUGACAUACAAAAAAAAAGAAGAAAGAUACGUGAUCUACAAUGAGGGCUACGCAUAAAUGCAAUAAAAAUGGUGUAAAAUGAA